UAUGAGCUUAUCAGAUUAGGUUUUGAGUAUGUUAUUUGAUAGAGCUUUUAAUAAAAUACGUUAGCACGUUUUAGAGUGAAGAAAUUGUUAACAAAUUUAAUAUAUUUAACGGAAAAGUAGGUUAGCCUCUUGGUUUAAAAAAUAAUGAUACUAAAGCACUAUAAUCAAACAUGUUUAAUAUUGAGCUUAGUGUAAUAUGUUACACGCGAAAAGUUUAAUCAUUUAUUUGUUGAGAUAUUUUUUGAUCAGUGAAAUAGAGAUUUUUUCUCAUGACAUAUUUCUCUGUAUCAAAUAUUUAUGAACCAAUUCCUAAGGUCUUUAUGAAAGAUUGAGAAAAUUGUUUCAAAAAAUCUGGAAACUGAUAUACGUGGGUUUAAAUAAGCUAAAAAAAUCUAUUGUAUUUUACAUUAGAAGCAUUUGUCUGUGCAAAGCUAGUUAAAUUUGAACACAUAUUUUAGCUUCAAACGUAUAUUGAUGAUUUUGUCUUUUAAAUAAGAUGUCGAUUGUUUAGAAUUAUCCUUUUUUGUUCCUUUCCUGCGUGAUACGGCCUCAAUUCCAUCCAAGGAUUUCUUGGCAUAUUCAAUACGGUAGCUAAAAAAACCUGUUUAUAGCUAGGAAAACAAGUAAAUUGUAAAUAACAUUUUGUUUUUAUUUAAUAACCCGAAAAACCGAUUCUUUGCCGACUGUAAGAUAACAUGGAAGUGCGAUUGAUUAUCAACGCAAAUAUCUUUGCACAAAUUAUCAAACAUCAAUCUCCUCUUCAAAUCAACGACUAUUGUCGUCGUGUCUAGUUGUUAGAAGUGAAUUAAAUUUUUGCGAAUGAAAUUUUUUCCCCUGAAACAAAUCGGAUGCUCCAACUCCAUUGUACUAGCCCCAUAAUUAAUAGCAUUGUACCAGUAGCGAACACAUUACUCUAAGGAAAGAAAACAUUUAAUCAGCUGAUCGAGUCAUAAUUCUCAAGUGUUAUUUAGCACUUCAGUCAAAAUGAGAACUACUUGUUCCUAUACUUUAACGCUAUGCUUUAUAAAAUAUAGCAGAAGUGGAUAAAUAUAUUUCCAUCACGUUACUAAGGAAGAAACUAUUUCAUAAUAUCUACGACAUUCUGCUUGUUAUCAUUUGCCCACACUAUCUGAAGUUACAACAAUAUGAAGUACAACAUUCGUUUGAACUACUGCUAAAUAAACCACUUGGGAUCCUUCUUUAUUCUUCCGCAUUUACUGAUCCAAUCGCAUGAUCUAGGAUACGCAUGAUAACUGAAUCACUGUGUAAGAUUUAAAAAGUUGUAGCACUUGAAUAUUUCCCCAAUUUACAUCGAAACCCAAAAAAAAAAAAAAAGAGAUAGUAAACAUUGAGAAGUCAAUCAAUGUUCGAGAAUGA